UUGAUCAAAAAGCUAAAAACCCUCCAACUUUUCUACGAAUGCUGCUGUUCUGUCUCACCCACGUUUUCCUCUCUCUCUCUCUCUCCGUUCCAGAGCAGACCCCAUUGCCGGCUGAAGCAUUAGCAGUGCUGUAAGCAAAACAAGAGGUGUCGGGAAGAAACCAAAAUAAAAUUCAGAAACCCAGAAAGACCCCAAAUUUCUAUUAACCAAGCAAAAUGUAUUCUUUUGGGUACAGAGCCAACGCCUUGCUAACCUUCGCGAUGACCAUUCUGGCCCUCAUGUGUGCCAUGGCCUCUCUCUCCGACAAUUUCAACAGCCCCACGCCCUCAGCCCAUGUCAAGGUGGUGAACAUUAACCGGUUCCAGAAGCAACCGAAGGGUAACGACGAGGUCAGCAUGCAAUUGAAUAUAUCAGCAGACUUACAGUCGUUGUUUACAUGGAAUACAAAGCAGGUUUUUGUGUAUGUAGCUGCUGAAUAUGAAACCCCAAAGAAUUCCUUAAAUCAGAUCUCACUUUGGGAUGGCAUCAUUCCUUCUAAAGAGCAUGCGAAGUUUUGGAUUCAUACCUCAAACAAGUACCGUUUCAUUGAUCAGGGAAGCAAUCUCCGUGGUAAAGAAUUUAAUAUGACAUUGCAUUGGCAUGUCAUGCCCAAGACUGGCAAGAUGUCUGCUGAUAAGAUAGUCAUGUCUGGGUACCACUUGCCAGACGAAUAUAGAUGACUGUGUCUUGUUUGUUGUCACUAUAAUUUCCAACUUCUUUUGAAGAGCAGGAUGGGCAAAUGAGGAAUGGUUUUCAUAUUGGAAUUGGGAUCUGAAGAAAACUUUGCCGUUUAUUACUUGGUCGAAAAUGUGGAAUUUUUGUACUUUUUUGGAGGAUUAAGAUUAAUACUUCAUGAUCCAA